AUGACCAGUAAUGCCAUUCGACAAGCGCUAUGUGUAGGCGGAACAGCAGUCGGAAAGGAAAUUGUUUCCGAAAUGCAACAAGUAAAUCCUGAUGGCAAGUAUGAAAUGGUGGUCUGUGAUGCCUCCUCCAUGCGAGAAAUUGUGAAAGUUUGUGAAGAAUUUAAACAAAAACACACUCGACUUGAUUAUUGUGUAUUAUCUCAAGGAAUUGCAACCACAGAAGGACGUCAUGAAACACCAGAAGGAAUUGAUAAAAAGUUGGCUCUUCAUUACUAUGGAAGAGUCAUGUUUAUCAAACAAUUGAAUGACUUGCUUCGAGAAACCUCAAAACAAAAUGAUGUAAGAGUAUUGACAAACGCUGCUGGUUUUUAUAAUGAUUUGGCGAUGGAUCAAUUGUCCAGAGAGCCAGGAAAUGAAAAUAUUUCCUUUAUUCAUGCUGCACCAGGCUUUGUUGCAACGAAUUGGGGUACUGAAUUGCCAACAUUACUUCGAUGGGGCACUCGCUUUGCUCAAUUAUUUGCAACCUCUCCAGAGACUUGUGCUGAAAACAUGAUGAAGGGAUUAACGAGCGAGGAGAUGAGAAGAGGAUUCACUUGA